AUGACCUGUGGGCUAUGGUCACCCCAAAAUCUAGUUGACCGGAAGUUCCGGCGAGUGUGUGUGUGUGUGUGUUGUUGGUGCUCUUGGACAGAUGAAUGGACAAUAUGGAGGUGGCACUGGACUCCAGGAUGCAGUGCAUCGAGAUCCUGUCCAGUUCCAGCUAAAAAUGGAUGCUAUGGUCACUCGAACACUCAGUUGACCGGAAGUUCCAGCGAAGGAUUGUGUGUGUGUUGGUGCCUUUGGACAGAUCACUGGAUAUAUUUGGUUGAAUAUGGAUUACUGGAUAUAUAUAUGGAAAUGCCAUCGUUCACGAUUCCAGAGCAUCGAAAACUUCUUCAGUGCUUUAUGACUGUCAUUUCGCUGAUUAUUCAGUCCCUGGCGACAGUCAUCCAUUCUUUGGCAUCUUCACCGUUGACGCUGCGCGCGUGUGCAAGUCAAAUUAUGUGGAAAUGAAUUAUGACCCCCUUCUGCGUCCAUGGAAAACAGGGUUCUCCUCACCGGCGGCGAUGCCAAAAGCCACCGAAAAUGCCCGGAAAAGCGUUUACGGCGGAAAAAGCCAAGCAAAGUGGAGCGAAGCCAUCACAGCGGGCGAUGAACGGAGCUUGCACUUGGGCUCAUUAGCC